AUACCAGCACUUUUGAGAGCUUGAAGAAAACAGCUUGCACAAAAAUGAAGCUCCCUAUUUUCAUAGCAGAUGCAUUUACAGCAAAAGCAUUUCGUGGGAAUCCUGCUGCUGUUUGCCUCUUAGAAAACAAACUGGAUGAAGACAUGCAUCAAAAGAUUGCAAGAGAAAUGAACCUGUCUGAAACGGCUUUUAUCCGAAAACUACACCCAACUGACAACUUCACUGAAAGUUCCUGUUUUGGAUUACGGUGGUUCACUCCGGCGAGUGAGGUCCCACUCUGUGGCCACGCCACGCUGGCUUCUGCAGCUGUCCUAUUUCACAAAAUAAAAAAUGUGAAUAGCACUUUGACCUUUGUGACACUGAGUGGAGAACUAAAGGCUAGAAGAGCAGAGGAUGGCAUCAUCCUGGACUUGCCUCUUUACCAAGCUCAUCCCCAGGACUCCCAGGAAAUAAAAGACUUGAUAAAGACUGCCAUUGGGGACACUCUGGUCCAGGAUGUCUGUUAUUCACCGGAUACCAGGAAGCUCCUCGUCCGGCUCAGUGAUACUUAUAACAGGUCGUUUCUGGAGGGCCUGAAAGUGAACACACAGAAUCUGCUGCAAGUUGAAAACUCGGGGAAGGUGAAAGGACUCAUCCUCACCCUCAAAGGAGAGCCCUCUGGACAGAUGCCAGCAUUUGACUUUUACUCAAGAUAUUUUGCACCGUGGGUUGGUGUGGCUGAAGACCCUGUCACAGGUACGUCCUUCCAGUGUUCUUUACGAGGAGGAGAGCUGGUGAUCUCGGUGCGUGCAGACGGACGUGUGGACAUUAAGGGUGGAGCUGCUGUUGUCCUGGAGGGCACGCUGACAGCCUAG